UUUAACAACAGACACAUUAAUCGUGUGUUCAUGCAAGCAGGAAGUAGAUUACUGUCUCACACACCUGCUCCGUGCGCAGAUAUCAAGUUCACAUCUAAAGAAUUUCAAUGGGGAGUGAACAUAAAUUCCAGAGGUGGGGGAAAUCCCAAAUGAAGGGUUUAAAUUGAGUGCUCAUCAGUGAAGUUCAACAAAAGAUCUUCAGAACUUUCUCUGUGUGGAUUACCACUCUCUUAACAACACUUGAACACUUUUUAAGAUACCGAAGCACUUCCAAAGAUCCAAAGAUGGCUUACCUUAAAAUCUGCUCUUUGAGUGUCCUCAUACUCAUUGCCUUUCUCAUUGAGACCGAUGCAGUGCGUUGCUGUCUGAAAUACAGGAGACGGCCUCUAGACUGUCGAUAUCUGAAAGGCUUCGAAAUUCAGAAAAUGACUGGCAGCUGUGAUCUUGCAGCAAUCAUCUUCCAUACAAAGAAUGGAAAGUUAGUCUGCGCUGACCCAGAACAACAUUGGACGCAGGACAGAGUUGAGUGCCUAAGGAUGAAGGCUGCAGAAGUGAAGACUAGUGGUUUUUAAUGCUUUAAGAAUGCCAAAAUGGAGAGGCUCUUCAAGAGAUGUUGAUUAUUAUUAUUUUGGACUGUUUCCCUCUUUAAUAAAGAGAUCUUAUAUUCUAUAUAUUGGCAUCACUUAACUGCACUUUCUUGUAUAGAGUAUUUAUUGAGGGGAAAUACAAGGUAACUUUACUAUACCAUGGAUUUUAUGCCUAUUGUUUUAUAUAAAGCAAAAUGUUUUUAGCUGUUUGUAUUGAGCUGUUAACUCACUAAUUAAGUUCGCAAUUUUUUGACAAAUUCAGUUACUAUUUAAAUGUUACCUAUAAAGACUGAUGUAUUCACAGGAAUUAUAUAUUUGAUAUUGUUCACAAAUGGCUUUUAAGGGUGUGUAUAUUUUUGUCUUUAUUUUGUGGAAUGAUUUGACUAACCCUUUGGUUAGUCAGUGCUGCCCUCUACUGUUAAAGCUAGCUAUGCCAAUAUGACAAAGUAGGAAAUGUUUUUCCAUCUUUAAAAUGUAAUAAACAUUUUAUACAAUUGUACAGAUAAAUAGUUUUUGUUUUCUAUUACAUUUCUCUUAUAUAUAUUUUUAAAUAAAGGUCCUUAAUUUUACUCUG